AUGAAAGUGUUUUGCUGUGUGAAGAGCACUCAGAUAGACCUUCUCAAGAGCAAACACACAUUGCACAAAUCGCCAAAGAUGCAGGAGGUGUUUGCAAAGCCCAAGACUAUUUCACGGAGAGAACUCUCCUUGGUACACAACAUAGAGUACCUUGACGUGCCUGAAAACCUAAGACUGGCAAGGAUAUAUGACAGAUUAAUGAAUAGAGAAAUCUUCGAGACAAUGUUUGAAGACCUAGACCACCACAAUGUCUUUGAAGAGUACAGGCUAUUUAAUGAACAGUUCUACGAGAAACUAAGGGACGUCGUUACUGAAGACGAUCGGAUUGUUGUCAACGACUCCUCGCUUUUUUUGCUUCCGGGCAUGACAAGGGCCAGGGUUGCUUUCAGGAAUCUGAAGUUUGAGGGCUGCUUCAUAGAGAAAG